AUGGGCGCAUUCCAGAUUUUUCUUGAUCGAAGGUCUUAUGCUAUCAAUAUCGUCAUCAACCUGUUUCUUAUUGUGCUCUGCCUUGUCUGUUACGCGCUUCUUAUCCUUCUCUUCCUCUCUCCCGCUGUCUUUCAGCUUGAUUCGCUCCUCUAUCCACGACCUGGCCUAAUCCAACCCACAGUGGUCGUGGCCCUGCUUUCUGCAUUGCUGACCGCGGCGACGUCCGCGCUCACAACAAGAGCUGUCGAGCAUUCAGUCUGGCUCAAGCUCGCUCCAAGACCAACCACGAAGAAAAUAACCAUCGGCGAGACCUACUGCCUGGCGCAGUGGUCCAUCUCUCCACUCGCUAGAUUCUGGUACUUCUUCGUCGGUCAUGCUUGGGCUCUCAAGUUUGCAGGCUUGUUCCUGAUAGGAAUUGCCGCCAUCAAUCCUGUCAUCGUCUCAGGCAUCUCCCAGUAUGAUGAGUCUGCAGUGCAUUCUUCUCGACAAACGAGCCAAGGUGAUCGCUGGACAGGCUGGAUCGACGCCUCAAACAUACAGUUCAGCGACGGAGGAUGCCGGGACAAUCCCACAGUUCUGGCUGCGCUCCUUUCAAUGAGCAAUCAAAGCGCCCCUCCAGCGGACAUCUGCUCUGGUGACCUCCUCUGCACCGCUCGCGCAACAGUGACCGCUCUCCGCGCAACCUGCAACGCUAUCAGCACCAACAACUCCAACGGGAUCGGCAGAAGCAGCCAAAGGGAAAUCCGUAAUCAGACCUUCUGCAGCGCCAUCAAUCCCGAUAUCUGCCUCCCUCUCAGCUCAGGUGACCCUUACAUCUACGCCGAGUUCACCUCUGGCUACCCACCAAACUGCGACCUUACCUCCGAGGGCUGCCCGGGAUCCUGGUCGACCAUCUUCGGCGCCUACGUCAACAACCCCGGGUCCGCCAAUACCACCAAUGUGAACAUGUCCCCCGAUAGGGACGCCCCCGCGGGCGCAUUGCGUCGCAUCUACACCUCCGAAGCCACCAGUUCGCCCUUCACCUUCUCCGCCGCCGCCACCGCCACAGGGACGCAAAACUUCUACGAUUCCCUUGUGGGAUUCUCCCUCCUCGGUCCCGCCGCUAACGCCUCCGCCGACCUGGUCGCCGCCCGCAUCGAGGGGACCUUCGACAUGGCGACCCUGAUGGCGUUCUCCCGCGCGCCGGCCGCGGCCGACAUUGGCUUCGAGCACCAGGCCAGAACACCCGUGUAUGGCUACGAUGCGCGGGUCCUGGUGGUGUUGCUGGUGCCCGCGCUGGCGACGGUGCUGAGUGUGUGUUUUGGCGGGAGGUGGAAGGUUGGAGACGCGGAGGAUGUGGUCGGGUAUGAUCCGGUGGAGAUUGCGAGGAGGGGCCCUGUGGUGGGAUUGGAGGGCCGAUGGUGGGCGGAGAGGCAUGAGGUGAAGACGGUGGAGGUGUGGGGAUGGAGGGAAGCUGAGAUUGGCUGGGGAUGCGAUGAACAGGACAGGUUUCUGAGAGGGAAGAUGUCGGCGGCCAAUGCCGUUGCGGUUCCUCGUGGGCAGAAGGUCGCGAGGCAUAGGUUUAUGGCUGCGGCUUGA